AUGGAUGCUGCGUUGGUACGCGAUAUCCACCAGAGCUUCACGAAACCCUUCCAAGGUCCUCAUCCCCAUUACGCUCAAUCCUCGCCCCGUCCUGUGCCUUUGCCUGGGACUGAUGCGUAUCCUCGAACCCGGGUCCGGGUCGAGGGCGAGGCUCAUGACUCGGUCCAAGAUGCUCCGUUGCCAUCGUUGCCAUCCUCCAGAAGCACAUCCGUAUCUGGAUACUCCAUGCCACUCGACAGUGUUGCUUCACUCUCCAGCUUCCAGCCCGCUAGCUUCCCAAUCACCAAGCCGGAAGACGCUGUCGUGUCGCGUUCCACUCCAGCGCCCACGGCCUCGGUUUCACCAACACCACAUCGCCCACCAACUUCCUUGUCCCGAUCGUCUUCGCAGAAACUAACAUCUCGUCCUGUUCGUCAACAUUCCCUUCCGCCAGUAUCAAAGAGCCACGAGUCCCUUCGUCCGACAUUCCUGUCCACGUCGCUGCCGUCUUUUCGACAACUCUUCGAUCCGUUUCGGCCCCAGCAAGCUACGCUUCCGGGCCCCGCUCCGCCGUCACCGCCUCCUCGGUCACCGGCCGCCUCGACGCCGGGAGACUCCGGGGCUUCGGCAACGAAAUCCCUGGCACAUACUUCGACGCCCCACGAAAGAUCCAUCGAGCUGGCUGACGGUAGUCCGUCGAGGGGUCGGAGCCCCAACCCUGUUGAUCGGACUGCUCAUUCUGACUCGGACUCUGCAUCUGAUUUGGGCUCGGAAUCAUGGUCGGGGUCUUCCCUCGAUGCCGGGUCAGAGCUAGAGCAUAUUGAACCCUCUGGAACCCGACAAUUUCCACCUCUGCCUCCCUCAGCGCCUCUUGUUACCCCAGGAGCCCCAGGAGUGAUCCGCCGCAAGGCGUCCAUGACCAACCGGAUCACGACAUGGAUCUCUCAAUACGAAAGGAGCCGUACUCCGCGGCGUUGGUCCGGUACUGACACGCGGGUUGAUCCUGUACCAGAGGUGAAUGAUGCCAGCAAAAGCAAUGUCUCCAAGGCAUCUGCACCCCCGGAGGAUGCAGUGGAGCUACUCUGGACCAAGCUCAAAGAUCAAAGGGCCAAAUUAAAUGAUAUCAAGUCUCAGAUGUCGAGAAAAAGAAAAAGGCUCAAAGAGUUGCGGGGUGCCAGAGAUCAGGCUGACAAUGCCUUCAUGGCUGUCAUACGGCCUGUGCUUGUCGAUCCAAAUGGUUCACUUCCGACGUUGCGUGGCAGUGUUGAUCGUGUUGAUCGUCGUCUGGCAGAGAUGCAGCGCUUGAGGACCGAAUAUCAGGCCUUGGAGCGUGAUUACGAGGAUCAAGAAAUGACUCUGGACGAAGAAGAGGAAGAACUCAACAAAUUGGAAACCAACUUCUUCAGCUUGCUCGCGGUGGGCAAUACCAUAUCCAUACGGCCACCUAACGAACCUGAACCAAAGCAGGACACGCCAGAGUUGCUCAGGGGCAUUUCUCCCAAUGGUCCUACGGAUGACCCUCACCCACUGUUCCAAGAGCUCAUGUCGGCUGUGGGCGAUCUUCAAAAUGCCAAGGAGGACCUCGAUGAACUAUUGUUCCUGAAGGGAGAGCACGAGAAGGAGCUGAAGAUGAAAACUACGGCAAACAUGGAGUUGACGAUAGCCGAGAAGGAAUUCUUGGCCGACUUCCCAGCGGACCAAGAGCGAAUGACCGAUAGCGUGUCCAAGCUACAGGAUAAGGUGACGCAGCUCCGGCAACUGUGCGAGGAGAAAGGGGUAAUGCAGAAGCACCUGUCGUCACAAGUGGCUUAUCUUCUGUACCCUCAACAAGGGUACGAGGACAUCGACCUUGAUUCUGAGGACGAGUCUACCCACAGCCUCGCCCAUGCCAGAUUCUCGGUGCUGCUAAGCCAGCCGGAGCAUCUCUUGGGGGAAGUGCCGACAACGGCUGGUGGAGCGCUGAAGGCUGCAGCCAAGCUGCCAGACAGCGACCCGAGCAAGCGAGCACGGAUGCAGCUCGCGUCAAAGGAGUAUUCCAUCGACCGGCUCAUCAUUGCGCACAACGAAGGUGGCAAGACGGACUUUGUCAAUCGGUGGCUUCUGCAUCAGCUCAGGCUGUCACCUCUGAAGGCGCUGCUGCUCUACGUGACUUUUACCACCAGCCAAGGACUCAAGAUUCGCGACCUUCUGCGGUGGCAACGCGAUGUGUUGCACUAUUGGUGGAUUGGCGAGCGGCGAGACUCGAAUCGAGCAACGAGUGAGAGCUCAGAUUAUCAGUCAAAAUUCAGGACAAGCCAGCAGUCGAGGAGGACAUCGGACGUGGGCAGUGGAGUCGGCUCACCAUCAGAAGGGUGGCACCCACACUGA